AUGGAAUCAGGUACCCUUGUUGUCCCAAAGAGCGAUGCUAGUCCAGAGCGAGAACGGGGAGACUUUGUGGAGAAAAGGGAAUCGCCUAUUUCCCAAUCCAAACCAGACCAGCGCACAAUAUCACAGGAAGAUCUCGCCUCACCGACUAUGAUGACAACAACAUCUGCUCUUCCCCCUCCCUCCUCUUCAAUACGGGUGCCAGAAUCAGCCAACAAAGACAACACCAACACCACUCCGUUUGCUUCGAAUGAACCCGCAGCCACUCCGGCUAUGGUCUCAUCGCAUCGUCCUGUCACAUCAGAUCCCACACAGCCUUCAAAAACCCCCGGUACCAGCACGACCAUAAGAGCAGAUACUCCCCCCUCGAUGACCAGCCAGCCUCUUGAUGCCCCAACUUCAGAACACUCUAUUGCAUCACAACCAGAUCCAUCAACCAACACCGCCUCUGAACCUCAGAAACAGCAGCCCGAUCCCUCCGCUCCUGCAACCAGUGGCUCUGAGGAGCCCAAACCCGCUGAUCCCGCAAUUGGCCCCUCCACAGACCUCACCACCACGAACAAAGAAGCAGAAGAUGUCGGCAAAUCAUUGGUAAUCAAUCUACUCCUGACGACAGGAGCUAGACACCCGUUCAAGAUCUCUACGAAGUACUUGCGCAAACGCCAGGUGGAUGUGCCAGAUUUCGACCCAUAUUUGAUGAGUGUAUAUACGUUGAAGGAACUGAUUUGGACGGAGUGGAGACAAGAGUGGGAACCUCGACCUUCAUCCCCAACCUCAAUUCGUCUGAUAUCGUUUGGAAAACUAUUAGAUGACAAAGGUUCGCUCUCAGAGUUGAAAUUAAGCCAAUCCUCCCCCAACGUCUUCCACAUGACCUUAAAACCACAGGAAGUCGUCGAUGAGGAAGAUGCUAAGGCCGCCAGGUCCGCUACCGGUCGGCAACGGGAUGGCGGUGAUCACAGCCCCCGAUGCCGAUGUAUCAUCUUGUAG